AUGCUAAAGACAAAGGGACUGACUUGGAAGAAUGAUUAUGAGAUUCUAGCACUAUCAUCCAUAAUUGUGCUGGAGCAAAGCUGUCCUUAUCCCACCUUUACGAGCCAAGAGUGGCAAAUGAUAUUAAAGACAAACCCACAUGCAAUUCAUGAGCCAGUGAUACCAGCUCCUGUGUCAGCAACUUUAUGUGAAGCUUCCUUUGCAGAAAACAAAGGACUUCAUAAAAGCUCAUCUGCAAGCCAGAAAGGCGAUCAACCAGCAACUGAACUCAAAGGUCUGAAAAUUGCAGCUGACAUUGUGCAAACACAUCUCAUGGAUCUACAAUUUGAUGGGAUGUAUCGAUCAUGGUCAUUGCUUAAAACCAGAUUGGUAAUUGAUGAACUUAGUUUACCAUUGGUAGAAUCCAACUUUGCACAUUUUGUAGCACUAGAGCAACAUGUAUCUGAACUUGCAAAAGAUUAUAUAAGUCGCAGGCUUCCUUUUACUCCACCUUUUCAAAUCCAGUACAUGCGUACUAUUCCGGACUCUCCACAAAUCCGUGAAAUGCUAG